AUGACAACGCUAGACAAGGCUGACCAUACGGCCCUCGAAACCACAUCACCCAAAAAACUGACCAAUAAGUCUGGUGGAGUGAAGUCAUCAGGCUUGUCCGCAAGUAAUUCAGGAAACCCCGGCUCCGCAAUUCUCUGCCAGCCUGUGCUGGGCAACAUGCCCCUUUGGAAGAAGAUGCUGCUUCUCAAUUUCUCAGAGAACAUUGCCAGCGAAAUGGUUGCAAUCGACGGCCUUCACAACGGCUGGCGCCAUCUGGUCCUGCCAAUCGCUCACACUGAUGAGCUGGUCAUGGAUGCAGUGCUGGCCGCCUCAGCAUUGCACCUCUUCACCGAUGAUGAUGCAACGGGCAACCAUGUGCCAACGCAGAUGGCACGCCGCUAUGCUUCCAUGCGCCUCCAACAACACCCAGGCUCUGGCAGUCUCUACGCACGCGCUAUAAAAAGCCUGCUACACCGGCGCGAUCUGGCCGCGUCCAGCGCUCUCCAUCAAAGCUUCGCCUUGCUGGCCAUCUUGAUCUUGCUGGUCGCCGUCAUGGUGAGCGGAUCCGAAGACUCAUCCAUCUUACUCCGCAUGCUGCACUCCGCAUUCGAGGCCAUCGGUGGCGAGGACGGACUAGGCACGGGAGCGCUGGCCGAGUUCAUGAUACGCCAGAUACACAAGAUGCGCGUCUACGCCGCGCCAUUCAUCAGCGAGGAAAACGGCUUCCAGGCCCUCUCAUCCCAAGGUCAGACGGAGCAGGUAUUCGAAUGCCUCAACUACUGCUCGCAACAGCGUCCCGACGCCGCAGCCGCAGCGCCGUUCAUCAUGAGCCUCGUGCGGCAGGCUCACGACAUCUAUCUCCGGCAAGCGGUGCCGCUGCCAUCCGCGUCCGACUCGACAACCCUCGUACAACGGUUCAAGCACACGCUCGAAAGUUUCCCACACGACUUGCCGGGCGAGCAGGUCCUGGUGUGGGCCACCUUCAUCGCCGCGUCUGACUGCGUGCUGGAUGAGCACAAGGCGUUUUUCGAAGACGUGUUUCUCCGCUACUUCGUUCGGAGCGGCUUUCGCAACGUGCUGAGAGGUCUCGAUCAGCUGCGGAAGAUAUGGGCGCGCAGGAGCGCCGGAGGAGGAACGAGGUGGACGUCUGUCUUGCCGCAUGCCGGGGUGUUUGUCAUGUAA